AUGGCCGCCACCGAUGAUCUCCUUUGUAGCUGGUGCCGCUCGGCGGCCUGGCUAUUUAAAUGUUCGAUGUGCGACCCGCGUAAGGAAAAAACACUGUGCUCCAGAUGCUCCAUAUUGUGGCAUUCCCGUGGCUUCGCGCGCAGCCACCAACUUACGAGCAACUAUGGAAAGACACUCCCGUUCCUUGUGUGGUCUCAGGGAAGUGCAGUGACAAAUGGCGAAUCUAAAGCUACGACCAGAAUUCAUACAGAUUUAGAUUCACUGAACCUUCAAGAUCAAGAAUUGAUUAUUAUUGAUGAAGAUUAUACUCCAUUAGCAGUGGCAAUGGAGGAGAAAGAGAUGAAGGCGAACGGCUCACCAACAGUAAAGAGCACUGAAACUGAGCUAGUAAACAGGAACCAGAGAGUGAAAGAGAAUCAGAUACCAGAAAAAGGCUAUGAGUUUGCAAUGGCGAAAAACUCAUUGCGCAUAGACGAAGACGAUGUUUUGAUAAGUGUCGAACGAGAUAAACAAGACGUAAAGGCAAAUCGUCUACCUACACAAAAUAUGCCAGCAGUAAGUACCACUCAGGCAAAAGAGAAAGCUUUGGCGUCGGGAACUGUAGGUACAAAAAAGGAAGAAAAGUUAAUUUCCGGUGAGCAUGAAGACCAUAAAAAGCCGCUUCCUUCGUAUUUGUCGUCGCCUUCACAGUCUUCGGCUUCUGCAACUGCACAGUCAAAGCCUCUUUCGAAAACAUCUGUACCGGUUUCCAGAAACUUGUUACAAUUUCCAACGCAUGGAUCAACCAGUGUUAUUAACACCGAUGCUGCUUACGUAGGCUCUGUACCUGGUCUUACUCCAUUGUCCCUUAUUCAUGAUCAAGUUUUAUCGGCCUCGACUUCUACUCGAGCGUCUGCUGAUACUUCAUCUGUUUAUAAGCAAACAAAGACAACGUCUCAGACACAAACCCUGGAAGAUUUACUGCGCUGUUUUCCUUCACCUGAUCACAUGCUUAUGGAGACGCUAGCAUCGCGAAUCGAGGAUGCUUUGGCGAUUGAGGAUGCACUUAUAUGCGCGAGUAUUGGAAACUGUCAAGAACCACAAUGUCGCUCUGUGCUUUUGCACUACGAGCAUUGUAAGCGCGACAAAAUGUGUGGAGACUCCAAAUGUUCAGAGAUCUCAACCAUAUACAUACACAAUCGUAAUUGCGCGUCCAAAUUGAAGCCUGAUGGAAAAAAGUCCGUGUGCCCUUUUUGUAUUCGUAUUCGACAAAGACGAAGCUUUGGAGUCUGUGCAGCGCUGAACCACUUAAUAAGUGACCAACAGCGUGUGCUUCGAACCUCACAGAUCGAAGCCACUCGCAAUUCCUGUUUGCGAAGCAUUCAAACGAUGACUGAGCGCGUGAAAUACCUAUUUGCGGAAAGUGAUCGACUCAACCAGCUAGCCAGCGAGAGCUGCAUUCCAAUAUUUAACUUUCCUAAGUAUCAGUGGCACUUAAGCGACGAUGUGAACAUCAAGGUAGAACCACCACCUUUGGAAAUGGGUGAUAAUAUCCCAUCUGAUACAGUCUCUUCCGAAGAAAUGAUAAGGCGUGCAAAGCAGUCGCCGAGCGCACAAAACGACAGCAUACCCGGGACGUCUACUUUUAACGCAACUUUCAUCAAUCAGCUUUUACGAGCUAAGUCUGAAAGAGGAGAAAGCGGUGAGGUGGCGCAACGAAAGUUCGAUGAAGUGCUUAAGUUAGGUUAUGCCAUUGUGGACGCCUGCUUUUGUGCUCCUUCUAGAGCGCAAAGAUGUUUACUGAAUUGCAAGUCCAUACUUGACCACCUUCAGCAUCAUCUUGAUCUUAAGAUUUGUAAGCAUUCAAUGUGCGGAGCAGUCGAGCACCACUUUGCCCAUCUAUCCGAUUGUGAAGCUCACGCUCAAAGUAAAUUUUGUGAAUACUGCUUGCGAAUGGAUGAGCGCCGAUUGAUUCGCUCUGUCGACUUUAUGGAGGUAGAGCAACCAGAUGCUGAAGCAAAAGUUCAGAAAAUUAUUAACGAUAUAACGGCCUUAUUCACAAAUCACCGUCGUGAUGAACGAGAGCAGGAAAUGAUCCAAUUGGAGGACGAAUUAGAACAAGCAGAGGUAUAUAAGCAAGAAUUAUAUGAAAAGCUCGAAACAGGGCGGAGUGAACUUCAAAGGGUGCACAGAAACAUGGCGAUACGUGGUUUUCCGGCCACGUCUAGCGGUUUCCUCCCAAACCACUUUACUAAGAGUAGGCGGGCCUCUUACUCAGGAAGCAACAAAAAACGACGAUUUGUUGACAUAGAAAGCAGCAUCAAGUAA